AUGGUCCAUGUCAAGCCAUUUGUUCUCGACAACUGGGUUCGCCAGUUCAAGCAUCCCUACAUGGUAAAUUAUCCAUCAAAUGCUCCAUGGGUACAUCUCACGCUUGAUGUAGAUACCUGUGUGGAUCCGCUGUCUCUACAGGCACUUUCACAGCUCACGACCUCCGUAUCCGUGGCUGGUCCUGUAAACGCUUCCAAUGCCUUAGUAUAUGGUUCCGUUCUGGGAAGCUCCGAUCUCCGAACCAAAAUCCUGUCACUUUACGACGAGGUGCCAGACACCACAAGAUUGUCGUUGACGGUCACACAGGGGGCUAUUUCAGCCAACUUCUUGGUUCUAGAUACAAUUUUGGGCUUUGGCGAUCAUGUCAUCUGUCAAUAUCCAACUUAUCAGCAGCUUUACGAUGUACCUCGCCGCGCCGGGGCUGAGGUCUCGCUCUGGCGAACGCAACCAGAGAAUGGGUGGAUCCCCGAUAUGCUGGAUCUGGUGCCUCUCGUCAAAGAUAACACCAAGAUGAUAAUCAUCAAUAAUCCCAACAACCCCACAGGGGCGUCAAUCCCGGGAUCGGUCCUGAAGGACCUUGUAUCCUUUGCCGCAAAGCACAAUAUCAUCGUCUUCAGUGAUGAAGUUUUCCGCCCUCUCUUCCAUGGCUCGUCAAUCAAGCAGUUCCCUUCAAUCAUCUCUUUUGCUCAAAGGUAUAAGAACGUCAUCGUGGUCUCCAGCCUUUCAAAGGCAUUCUCGCUACCGGGAAUCCGGGUUGGAUGGGCUAUUUCGCCAGAUCCAGAACUCAUUCGGCAAGUCAUCAUGGCCAGAGACUAUACGACUAUAUCCGUCUCACAGGUAGAUCAGGAUAUCGCGGCUUAUGCCCUCGAUCCACCCGUGCGAGAAAUGAUCCUUCGGCGGUCUCUGACGAUUUGUGGUCAAAAUCUUACUGCAUUAGAUGAAUUCAUCAAGAAACAUGCCAAUCGACUACGCUGGGUCAAGCCUACGGGUGCGUCGGCUGCUUUUGUAUGUGUGGUUGAUCCAGCCACAGACACGCCAGUUGAUGACCCCGUCUUCUGUGAGAAUCUCAUCUCUGAAACGGGGUUGUUAAUUGUUCCUGGAGGGAAAACAUUCGGUACGGAGAUCGACGAAGAUUUCAAGGGAUAUCUUCGAGUUGGCUUUGUUUGUUCCGCCGAUAAGUUCAAGGAGGCCCUGGCAAUUUGGGGAAAGUAUUUAGAUCAAAUCUAG